GAGACUUUGACAAAUACCAAAGAGAAUUCAAAGAACAGAAGAUUGAUGUGGAACGGAGCUGGACGCAUCCCCAUUACGAUUCAAAUGACUACAACGGUGACAUAGCACUGCUGUACUUGAGCAGCGACGUUAUUUUUAAUGAGUACGUAAUUCCCAUCUGCCUUCCAAGCCCUACCCUUGCCACCCUGCUCUCAGAAGAGGGGAGCGUAGGGAUGGUGAGCGGGUGGGGUGCCACUCAUGACAGAGGUUCCACACUGCGCUUUCUCAUGAAAGUGCGGCUGCCCAUCGUAAACAUGGAGACCUGUCAGCGGUCAACAGACAGACUCGUUACCGACAACAUGUUCUGUGCGGGGUACAACACUGAGGCUGCAGACGCCUGCAAAGGGGACAGUGGUGGCCCUUUCACUGUGUCUUACCACAACACUUGGUUCCUCCUGGGAAUUGUAAGCUGGGGUGAGGGCUGUGCCGAAAAAGGAAAAUACGGUGUGUAUACCAGGGUAUCCAAUUAUAUCCCAUGGAUUAAAGAGAUUGUUGAAAGUGUAGCAGAUUCUGAAAACUCUUACAUUAACUUUUCUUAA